AUGGUCAACUGGGACGACGCUCUCGACAAACGCCUCCUCCUCACCAUCAUCCACACCGCCGCCCCGAGCGCCAUCGACUACAAGAAACGCUACACAAAGAAGAUCCGCAAAGAAGCGGAGGAAAAUUUCGGCAAGCAGGAUGAUGCUGGUGGUGGUGAAGGUGGGGUGAAGACUCCGGUUAACAAGGGAGCGGCGAAGAAGGCGGUUGGGGAGAAGAGUAGCACGGGCAAGCGUAAGGCGAAGAAAGCUGCGGGUGAAGAUGGGGAGGGUGAGAAGGAUGAUGAGGAGAGUCCGAGUAAGAAGGUGAAGAGCGAGGAGAAGGAGGAGAGUGGUGAGGAGGAGAUGGUUUAG